AUGAGGAAGCAUCGACACUUGCCGUUCGUGGCAAUAUUCUGCCUUUUAGUCUCAGGUUUCGGGCUGACCGAUGCUCAAGAGGCUGUCCAAACGGGUGCCGCUGCAGAUAUAAUCUUUCUAGUGGAUUCCUCUUGGAGCAUUGGCCAAGAACACUUCCAGCUAGUCCGGGAGUUUCUCUAUGAUGUUAUAGAAUCUUUAGCUGGGGGAGGAAGCGAUUUCCGCUUUGCUCUGGUCCAGUUCAAUGGAAACCCCCACACUGAGUUCCUGCUAAACACGUACCGUACUAGCCGAGAGGUCCUGUCCCAUAUUUCCAACAUGACCUACCUGGGGGGAGACAGCAAGACGGGCAGAGGCUUACGAUACGUGAUCCAGAACCAUCUGACUCCGGCUGCCGGAAGCCGGGCGAGGGAUGGCGUCCCCCAGGUGAUCGUAGUGUUAACCGACGGACGAUCCCAGGACGAUGUGGCCGCGCCUUCGGCAGAACUUAAGUCCGCCGCUGCCGUGGACGUGUUUGCCAUUGGCGUGCAGGACGCGGAGGAAGGAGAGCUGAAGGAGAUGGCCAGUGAACCCCUUGAUUUGCAUGUUUUCAACCUAGAGAAUUUUACCGCCCUCCAUGACAUAGUAGGAAACUUAGUGGCCUGUGUCCGUUCCUCCAUGGUCGCGGACAUUGCCGGGGCUCCAGAGAUACCCAAAGACAUCACAGCGCAAGAAUCUGCUGACCUUAUUUUCCUUAUUGAUGGAUCAGACAAGACUGGAAGUGCCCAUUUUGCAGCCAUUCGAGAUUUCCUUGUAAAUCUCCUUGAGAGACUUUCCAUUGGAGCUCGGCAGAUCCAAGUUGGGGUAGUGCAGUAUAGUAAUGGGCCCAGAACCGCCUUCUCUUUGAACAGCUACUCCACAAAGGCUGAUGUUCUGGAUGCGGUGAAGGCUCUUAGGGUCAUUGGUGGUGAGGAGACGAAUGUGGGGGCCGCCCUGGACUUUGUGGUGGAGAACCACUUCACCCAGGCGGGAGGCAGCAGAGCGGAGGAAGGGGUUCCCCAGGUGUUAGUGCUCAUAAGCGGCUCCCAGUCGACUGAUGACAUUAGAGAUGGGGUGGUCGCCUUAAAGCAAGCUAGUAUCUUUUCAUUUGGCCUUGGGGCCCAGGGUGCCGACAGGGCAGAGCUCCAGCACAUUGCUACCGAUGAAAAUUUCGUGUUUACCACCCCGGAAUUUCGUAGCCUUGGCGACUUACGAGAAUACUUACUGCCCUACAUUGUUGGAGUGGCCCAAAGAACAAUUGUGUUGCAGCCCCCAACCAUUGUCACUCAAGUCAUUGAAGUCAACAAGCGAGAUAUAGUCUUCCUGAUAGAUGGCACUUCUACGCGGGGAUCGGCCAACUUCAAUGCCAUCCGUGACUUCAUUUACAAAGUCGUCCAGAAGCUGGAAAUCGGACAGGAUCUGAUUCAGGUGGCCGUGGCCCAGUACGCCCACGCCGUUAAGCCGCAGUUCCAUUUCCAGGACUUCCACUCCAGAAGGGAGGUCCUCAGCGCCAUUCGCAGGCUGCGGCCCAUUAAUGGCUCGGUGCUCUACACGGGGGCCGCCCUUGACUACGUCAGGAACAAUUUCUUUAAUAGUUCCGUUGGAUAUCGGGCCACCGAAGGGGUUCCCAAACUCCUCGUGUUGAUCACGGGAGGUAAGUCCCUGGACGACAUCAGCUACCCAGCCCAGGAACUGAAGAGGAGCGGCAUCAUGGCCUUUGCCAUUGGGAGCCCAAUGGCAGACAGAACGGAGCUAGAAGAGGUUGCCUUCGACCCCUCCUUGGUGUUCGUACCGGCGGAAUUCCGACCUGGGCCCAUGCAAGCCAUCCUCCCUGGCUUUCUGUCGCCUUUAAGAACUCUUUCUGGAACCACCCAAGUUCCUGUAAACAAAAGGGAUAUCAUCUUUCUUUUGGAUGGAUCGUUCAACGUGGGAAACGCCAACUUCCCUUACGUGCGCGACUUUGUAAUGAACUUAGUAAACAGCCUCGAUGUGGGCUAUGACACUAUCCGGGUCGGUUUAGUUCAAUUUAGCGACACUCCCGAAACCGAGUUCUCCCUAGACACAUACCAGUCCAAGUCAGAUUUGCUUGCUCGCCUGCGGCAGCUGCAACUCAAGGGGGGGUCCGCUCUGAACAUUGGCUCGGCGCUUGAUUUUGUGCGCUCCAAUCAUUUCACGGAAGCUGGCGGGAGCCGGAUCCAUGAGAACAUCCCUCAGCUCCUCCUCCUGCUCGCGGCGGGGCACUCGGGGGAUUCUUACUUGCAAGCUUCCAAUGCUUUAGCCCGAGCCGGAGUCCUGACCUUUUGUGUGGGUGCUAGCCAGGCUAAUAAGGCAGAACUCGAGCAGAUUGCGUUUAAUCCCAGCCUGGUCUAUCUUAUGGAUGAUUUCAGUUCCCUACCAGCCCUGCCACAGCAGUUGAUUCAGCCCCUAACCACAUAUGUUAGUGGCGGUGUGGAAGAAGUUCCACUUGCCCCGACAGAAGGCCAGCGGGACAUUCUUUUCCUCUUCGAUGGCUCAGCCAACCUUGUUGGUCAGUUCCCUGCAGUCCGGGACUUCCUCUACAAGAUUAUCGAUGAGCUCAACGUGAAACCUGACGGCACUCGGAUAGCGGUAGCCCAGUACAGUGACAAUGUCAAAAUCGAGUCCCGUUUUUCUGACCACCAGAACAAGGCAGAGAUCUUGAACGUUGUGAAACGGAUGAAGAUCAAGACAGGCAAACUUCUCAACAUGGGUCAGGCCCUAGACUUUGCCCAGAGGAAUCUUUUCGUGAAGUCAUCUGGGAGUAGAAUUGAGGAAGGAGUGCCUCAGUUCCUUGUCCUUCUGGCAGCUGGAAGGUCAUCUGACCGUGUGGAUGGACCAGCCCAGAACCUGAGGCAAGUUGGCAUUAUCCCAUUCAUUUUCCAAGCAAAGAAUGCAGACCCUGCUGAAUUAGAAAGGAUCGUCCCCUCGCCUGCCUUUAUCCUAGCUGCCGAGUCUCUGCCCAAGAUCGGAGAGCUUCAGCCGCAGAUUGUGAAUCUCUUAAAAACUGUUCAAAAUGGCGGACCAUUACAAGGUAUGAAGGACAUCGUGUUUCUGAUUGACGGCUCUGAGGGAGUCAGAAGUGGCUUCUCUUUACUGAAGGACUUUGUUCUGAAAGUGGUGGAGAGCCUGGACGUGGGCCCUGACCGGGUUAGGGUGGCCGUGGUGCAGUUCAGUGAACGAGCCCGACCCGAGUUCUACCUGAACUCCUACUCGGACCAACAGGCUGUGCUCAAUGCCAUCCGCCAGCUCUCCUUGCUCGGCGGCUCGUCCCUCAACACGGGCUCUGCCCUGGACUUCGUCAUGAGGAACAUCCUCGUGGAGUCGGCGGGGAGCCGAAUUGCCGAGGGCGUCCCCCAGUUCCUGAUCGUCCUCAGUGCAGACAGGUCCCAGGACGACAUCCAAGGGCCGUCGGUGGUUCUGAAGAGGAGCGGCGCAGUGCCCUUCGGCAUCGGCAUCGGCCAUUCUGACAACACCGAAAUGCGAACCAUCUCCUACACCCCCGACUUUGCCACCGUCAUCCCCACCUUCCAAAAUCUCGCUUACGUGCAGCAGCUCAUCUCGGAAAAAGUGAUUCUGCUGACCCAGGAAGAGCUGCAGAAGAUAAGGCCGGUGCUGACCCCCUUGGCUUCCCCAGCGGCGGGCAGCAAGCGGGACGUGGUGUUCCUCGUGGACGGGUCCCAGAACACGGUGCAGGAGUUCUCUUACGUCCGGGCCCUGCUCGAGAGUCUCAUCGAGGAGCUGGACGUGGGCUUCGACACCACGCGGGUGGCGGUGAUCCAGUUCAGCGAGGACCCCAGGGUCGAGUUUCUGCUGAACGCCCACAGCAGCAAGGACGACGUGCAGGCGGCGGUGCGGAGGCUGCGCCCCAAGGGCGGCCGGCAGGUCAACGUGGGCAGCGCGCUGGACUACGUGUCCAAGAACAUCUUCCGGAGGCCCCUGGGCAGCCGCAUCGAGGAGGGGGUGCCGCAGUUCUUGGUGCUCGUCUCCUCGGGGAGGUCCACCGACGACGUGGAGGACUCGGCCGCGCACAUCAAAGAGGUCGGCGUGGCCCCCCUCACCGUGGCCCGGAACGUGGACCCUGAAGAGCUGGUCAAGAUUUCUCUGAGUCCCGAGUACGUGUUCUCCGUGAGCACCUUCAGGGAGCUGCCGAACCUGGAGCAGAAGCUCCUGACCCCCAUCACCACGCUGACCGCGGAGCAGAUAAAGAGCAUCGUGAGGCAGACCCAGCACCCGAGACCAGACGUAGAAAGUGACGCCGCCGACAUCAUCUUCCUGGUGGACACCUCGGACAGCGUCCGGCCGGAAGGGCUGGCCCACAUCCGAGACUUCAUCGGCAGCAUCGUCAGGAAGCUCCACAUCGGGCCCAGCAGAGUCCGGAUCGGUGUGGCGCAGUUCAGCAACGACGUCUUCCCAGAGUUCUACCUGAAGACCCACAAGUCCCAGGCUGCGGUUCUGGAAGCCGUCCGCCGCCUGAGGUUCCGCGGGGGCUCCCCGCUCAACACCGGCCGAGCUCUGGAGUUUGUGGCCAAGAACUUCUUUGUGAAGUCGGCGGGGAGCAGGAUAGAAGACGGGGUGCCGCAGCACCUCGUCCUGUUCCUGGGAGGGAGGUCCCAGGAUGACGUGUCCAGGGCCGCCCGCGUGUUGAGCUCGUCCGGCAUCGUCAGUUUAGGCGUGGGAUCCCGCAACGUGGACAGGACCGAGCUGGAGACCAUCGCCGGCCGCGACUCCAGGCUCGUCUUCACCGUCAGAGAAUUCAGGGAUCUUCGCAACAUCGAGAACCAAGUCAUUAAUUCAUUUGGGCCCUCAGGAGUGACUCCGACGCCUCCUGGCCCGUUUUCUCCUUCAACCCCAGUGGCAAAGAAAGCUGACAUUGUCUUCCUGUUGGAUGGCUCCAUCAACUUCAAGAGGGACCACUUCCAGGAAGUCCUCCGAUUUGUCUCGGGGAUAGUGGACACCAUCUACGAAGGGGGAGACUCCAUCCAGGUGGGCGUGGUCCAGUACAACUCCGACCCCACCGAUGAAUUCUUCCUCAAGGACUUCUCCACCAAAGAAGAGAUCAUCGACGCCAUUAACAAAGUGGUCUACAAAGGUGGGAGGGAAGCCAAUACCUUCGUGGGCCUUGACCACCUGCGGAAGAACCACUUUGUGCCCGAGGCCGGCAGUCGGAUUGACCAGCGAAUCCCUCAGAUUGCCUUCGUGAUCACGGGAGGGAGCUCCGUGGAGGACACGGAGGAAGCCACCCGGGCGCUGUCCCAGAAAGGGGUCAAGGUGUUUGCCGUGGGAGUGAGGAACAUCGACUUGAGGGAAGUAUCCAAGAUCGCUUCCAACAGCGCCAUAGCUUUCCGCGUGAGCAACGUCCAGGAGCUGUCCGAGCUGAGCGAGCAAGUGCUGGAAACCCUGCACGACGCCAUGCACGAGACCUUGUGUCCCGGCGUGACGGACGUCUCCCGAGCGUGCCACCUGGACGUGAUCCUCGGCUUCGACGGCUCCCGAGACCAGAACGUGUUCGUCUCCCAGAGGGGCUUGGAGGCCAAGGUGGACGCCGUCCUGAAUCGCAUCACCCAGCUUCAGAGGAUCAGCUGCACCGGCAGCCAGGAGCCCACCGUGCGGGUGGCCGCCGUGGCCUACACGCCUUCGGGGCCUGUGGAGGGCUUCGACUUCUCCGAUUACCAGCCUGACCUGUUCGAGAAGUUCCAGGCCAUGCGCAACCAGCACCCCUACCUCCUGACGGCAGACACGCUGAAGGCGUAUCAGAAUAAGUUCAGGAGUUCCCCUGCGGGCAGCGUGAAGGUGGUGAUUCACUUCACCGACGGCAUCGAUGGAGACCUGGCUGCGCUCCAAAGGGCAUCGGCCGAAUUGCAAGAGGAAGGUGUGAAGGCCCUGAUCUUCGUUGGCCUAGAAAGGGUCGCCAACUAUGACAAUGUGAUGCAGCUCGAAUUUGGUCGAGGCUUCACUUACAAUCGGCCUUUGGCAGUGAGCUUGAUGGACCUGGACUAUGAGUUGGCAGAACAGCUUGGAGGUGGUGGGACCCCUGGAGUCCCUGGAGAUCGUGGCAGACCUGGUCCCCUGGGAGCUAAGGGCGAGCCUGGAGAUCCUGGUCCAAAGGGAGGAAAUGGACCACGUGGACCUCGAGGAGAGAUGGGAGAUGACGGGCGAGACGGCAUAGGCCUUGAAGGACAGAAAGGCAAAAAAGGAGAACGUGGAUUCCCUGGAUAUCCGGGACCAAAGGGUGCUCCUGGUGACCGAGGUGGGGAUGGAGGACCAGGGCCAAAAGGAAGCAGAGGCCGCCGGGGAAAUUCAGGACCACCUGGAGCAGUUGGACAGAAGGGAGACCCAGGAUACCCAGGACCAUCCGGCCAUAAAGGCAACAGAGGAGAAUCAGUCGAUCAAUGCAGCCUGAUUCAGAGCAUCAAAGACAAAUGCCCUUGCUGCUACGGGCCCCUGGAAUGCCCAGUUUUCCCAACAGAACUCGCCUUCGCUUUAGACACCUCCCAAGGCGUCAGUCAAGAUUCUUUUAGCCGGAUGAGGGAGGUCCUUCUGAAAAUUGUGGGCGAUUUGACCAUCGCGGAGAGCAAUUGUCCUCGAGGUGCCCGGGUGGCCGUAGUGACCUACAACAAUGAGGUGACCACGGAGAUCCGCUUCCCUGACUCCAAGAGGAAGUCCCUGCUCCUGGACCGCAUCCGGAACCUUCAGGUGCCCUUAACGUCCAAGGAACGCAGCUUGGAGACCGCCAUGUCCUUCGUGGCCAGGAACACCUUCAAGAGGGCUCGCAGUGGCUUCCUCAUGAGGAAGGUGGCUGUCUUCUUCAGCAACGGCCUCGUCCGGGCCUCCCCUCAGCUCAACGAGGCUGUGCUCAAGCUGUCCGAUGCAGGAAUCACACCCUUGUUCCUGACCAGCAGAGAGGAUCGGACCCUCAUCAAUGCCCUACAGAUCAAUAACACAGCUGUGGGCCAUGCUCUGGUUCUCCCCUCUGGAAGGAACCUCAAUGACUUCUUGAAGAACGUGCUGACUUGCCAUGUCUGCUUGGAUAUAUGUAAUCCUGACCAGUCGUGUGGAUUCGGCAGCUCUCGACCGGCCUUCAGGGACAGGCGAGCUGCAGGCAGUGAUGUCGACAUUGACAUGGCCUUCAUCUUGGACAGCUCAGAGACCACGACCCCAUUUGCGUUCAAUGAGAUGAAGAAAUACAUCGCCUACACAGUCAAGCAGUUGGACAUCAGUCCCGACCCCAAGAUGUCCCAGCACCUCACCAGAGUGGCAGUCCUCCAGCAUGCCCCCUGGGAGCAUGAAGGCAAUUCCAGCUUCCCUCCUGCCCGUGUGGAGCUCUCAUUAACUGAUUAUGGCUCCAAGGACAAGCUGGUCGACUUCCUCAACAACCACAUGACCCUGUUGCCUGGGACCAGGGCUCUGGGGAACGCCAUUGAGUACACCAUAGAAAGCAUCUUUGAAAGUGCACCCCACCCUCGGGACCUAAAGAUCGUGGUGCUGAUGGUCACCGGAGAAGUGAAGAAGGCUGAGCUCGAUGACCUCCAGAGGAUCAUCGUCCAGGCCAAGUGCAAGGGAUACUUCUUCGUUGUGCUGGGCAUUGGCCGAAACGUCAAUGUCAAGGACGUCUACAGCUUUGCCAGCGAGCCCAAUGAUGUCUUCUUCAAACUGGCGUACAAGCCCACAGAGCUAAAUGAAGAGCCGUUACUACGCUUCGCCAGGCUAUUGCCCUCCUUUGUCAACAGUGAAAAUGCAUUUUAUUUGUCUCCGGAUGUCAGGAAGCAAUGUGAUUGGUUCCAAGGGGACCAGCCAGCCAAGAAUCCUAUCAAGUUGGGCCAAAGGCAGAUGCACAUUCCUAACAACGCGACCUCUGUUUCUACACCCAAGCCUGUGACUACCACGAAACCCACAACUUCAGCAACUCUACCUUCUGUAAAGCAGACCCCUGUAAAAGUGCACCCUCAGGUCCCUGAAAAUCCUGUCGCUGCCCACCCAUUCCCUGUGAAGCAGGCCCCCGCUGACCCAGUUCCUGUAAAGCAGGCCCCGGCAAAACCAGCCCCAGCAAACCCAGCUACAGUAGCGAGGCCGGUUGCCUCGAAGCCAGCUGCUCCCAAGCCAGUCGCCGCUAAGCCAGUGGCUACAAAACCUGUGACUACAAAACCACUCGCCACAAAGCCGCAGGCCACGAAGCCACUGUCCUCCAAGCCAGCAGUUAAGACCACCAGAGAAGUCCACGUCUCUGAGAUCACGGAGAACAGUGCCAGGCUUCGCUGGGUGAAUCCUGACCAACCCAAUCCUUAUAUUUAUGACCUCACCAUCACCUCCACGCACGACCGCUCUGUUGUCCUGAAACAGAACCUCACUGUGGCCGAACGGGUCAUUGGAGGACUCGUUGCUGGACAGACAUAUCAUGUAGCCAUUGUCAGCUACCUGAAAUCCCAGGUCAAAGGGACCUAUGAGGGAAUGUUCACUACAAAGAAGACCCAGGCUCCGCCACCUCAGCCACCAAAGUCAGCUUCAAGUGCCACAGUCAACCUCAUGGUGAACUCUGAGCCAUGGAAAGGGAAGGAAGCAGAUGUCUGCAAGAUGCCCAGGGAAAUCGGGACUUGCCGCAAGUUCGCCUUGAGGUGGUUCUACGACCCUAAGCAACAGAGCUGCGGCCGCUUCUGGUACAGCGGCUGCGGGAGCAACGGCAACAACUUCGAGACGGAGGCGGACUGUGAAAAGACCUGUAUGCCUGCACACGUCAAUCCUGGAGUCAUUUCAACCAUAGGGACCUAAGCGUGAGCGAGGCGGACUCAUACCUCUUCCAGAAGCACAGGACUCAGCUAUUCCCAGCUCGCCCUCGUAGAAGCUCUGGGCAGACCAGGCCAUGCACUGUCCUCUCUUGUGCUUUCCCUUAGGAGCAAACUCGGAAGGAGACGUCCUCUGUCUUUGUAACUUUUUUGCUGCAUGACCUAUCAAUAUGGUGCUAAAUUUGUGGACUGAGUGCUCUCGUCUGCGGGUGGUUCUAGCCUGUCCCUUCCACAUUACCCAGAAAGCCCCCCCUGCUCCCCAGCAGUGUUGCUGGGGCCCGUUUGCCCAUUCUCAUUCCCCGUGGAGGCUCGGUGGAGGCCGGGGUCCCCCUCGCUUGGGGCACCUCCCCCAGGAAGCCCCUCGAUUCCCUCCAGCUAUAUUAUCUAGACCUGCUUCGCUCAUCAUUCCCCGCUUCAGAUGGGGCGCCUCCGCGUGGGGAGCCGCUUCUCUCUCCACUCGGCGUGCUUGCGCCGGGUUCCAUCUUCGGGCGAUUUCUCUUUGUCCAUCUCGUGCCAAGGAGCGAUCGGACGAGGCGCGAGGAAAGUGGCUCCGCCGGAUGCCCUGCCGGGACCCGCCGAGGCCCAGUUCCAGAUCGCAAGGCCCGGCGUCGACGGUUCUCGACAUUCCUCUGACGUUGUGUGUUUGAUACAAUUUAAAAAAUGGGGGGGGGGGUUGAAUUUUUAUUUUGUUUUUGGGAAAUCUAUACAGAGGAACUUUUUAAUAAAG